UCCCAAGGUCCAACUCCAAGUCCAUUAACCCAAACGUUAAAACCGCCCCCUCUUCUCAGUCCCUACUCCUUAUAUUAACUUAAUUUCCCGGCCACCUCAGAAAAAAGCCUAUUCAUCCUUUCUUUGUUUCUGAUUUUCGAUAGAAUUUUCAGCUCUCUCUUCCUCUGCCUACGCACCCCAAAACACUUGGCGGAGUGAAAGGGUUUUCUUCUCUCUUUCUCGUUCCUCCGAUUCUCUUCCUUCUCUUCAUGUAAAUGGUGCUGCCGGGUUUGAACGGAGAUAGAGGGACAGUUCCAGCGCCGGAGUCCAUGGCGACCAGUCCCAAGCGAUCAAACCGUCUUCAUAAUUUCAACCUUCCACACUUGAAGUGGGGAAGCCAGAAGUACCUGAGGUGCACAAACUCCGCCGGCUCUAGCCGCUCCAGCAGCGGAGAUCGCCGAUCUUCAGUUUCAAUGUCCGAUGAGUCGCCGCCGAGGCGGAAGAGGGAAACGGAACAGGAGAGAAACCACUCGGUGGCAAAGAUGCCGAGGUCGCGAAUCAAUGGCAAGGGCCGCAGCGGUGCCGACGGCGUGAAGGACGGAAUUGAGGCGAUGAGGCAAAAACUGAUGUUUGAUCUGAAAACCGAGGCUGACAAGAUGAAAGACGCCAUUUUGAGGAACAAAGAGGACGAGAAGAUGAAUGUGGAGGAGGAUGAAAACGAGCGGGAAUCGCCGCCUCUGUUAGCGGCGGAUGGCGCGAGGACGUGGAAUCUGAGGACAAGGCGAGCGGAGUGGAAGAUUCCAUUCUCCGACGGCGGACUUGGCGGCGGGAGCGAGAAACCGUUGAAGAUUGAUGAGAAUUCCUCUCCUGCAAGAACUGACGGCGGUACCGUUAAGUUGCUGAAGCUUCGAAGCAAUUCCAAUAAGAGCGCGCCGAGGCCGAAAUUCUCCCUUCAAUUGUCAAGGAAGGAGGUUGAAGAAGAUUUCAUAAAGAUGGUGGGCCACCGGCCGCCGCGCAGGCCCAACAAAAGGCCCAGUAGUAUCCGGAAGCAAUUGGAUGGUCUUGUUCCUGGUUCGUGGUUAACAGAGGUUACAGCAGAUUUGUACAAGGUUGCUGAAGACGCAGGGAAUGGAAAGGCGCGACAAUCUGGGAAGGGGAAGGGAAAGGGAAAGGGAAAGGACAAGAUGCUUGUUUCUUCUGACUCUGAUGAAGAAUCUUGAUUUGAAACUUGAAAGCCUAUAACAACAAUCUUGUUUUGUUGCUUUGAAAGCUAAUUUACUUUUGGUAGGUACAUAGUUCGUUCAUUCGUUUGUUUAUAUGUCAAUAACUCUCUACCGAAGAAAGUGGAUUGUGAUAGAACAGAAUAUCUUAGUUAAUUGAUUAAAGGGCUUUAAGGACGCAUCUAUAUAGCAUUCAUUUAAGUUAUUAGUCUAGAUAAUGAUCAGUGGCAGUUACAUGGGUUUGGUUCUUCUAGCUUCUUCAGUUCUGAGCUAGGUUUCUUAGGCUGGAGAAAUUAAACUCAAAUUCCAUUAAAGCGCACCUUUUUGUUACUCUUUUUUUCCUUUAUUCUCUGAAUUGUAUCAUGAGUGAAUGUUGUCUUUCUUUGUAUAUUUAUGUUGCUGGUUUCACUCAUAUAUUUAAUAGAAAAGCAGUUAUGUAGUUGCUAAACCUGAAUAUCAGAUUUUAGUGUAAUAGUAUGUUUCUAAUGCAGGCUAUGCGAUAUGCUUAUUUACUACGAUAAUUGUUUACUAUGGUCCUGCAAAACUGGUGUAAACCAAGAGCAUAUUGACCCAUUUCUAUGCAAAGAAGCUUCCAAUUACGCGCUAAACGUGGUGGGGAAGAAAGUGUCGAGAAGCAAUUUUGUUGGGUAGCUAAACUGUAGUAGCCUAGUAGGUAUUGAACCUUGUUACUGGCAAUCGGACUUUACAAGCUCGCGAAACGUGAAUUCGACUCUCCUGAGAAGAGUUCAUCUUCGAACCCAAUAUGGUCAUGCAUCACAAGUGAUUUGGUGUGAAGUCGUGACCACCAAGAAGGCAAGAACUACGAUCUGAAAUGAAUAGCUCUAGCAUUGGCAAUGGGCCGGUUAAAAAUGCCCUGAGUUCCAGCCCAGCUCCAUCAUAGGCCUCCAUUUAAGAUUGCAUUUCUGCGGAAAUCUAUGGGUGUAAAUGAAAAAACAAGAAAAACAAUAAUGGGACGAAAAAAUCAGAGACAUUUUAAUUGCAUUUAAACACAAUUUGCACUAGGACAUUUCGCACUGUUGGGUGCUAUAGUGGAACGAUGGAGUCUUGAAACUCACUUCCACGUUCAAGUUGGUGAAAAGGUGACUGUCACCUUAGAAGAUGUGCUACAUAUUUUUGGCCUGCCAAUUAAGUCGUGAUGGACAGAUCGAAUAGCAGCCACUCGUACUUAGUAGAGAACUGCAUAACAAUUUUUGAGAAGCAGCCUGAUCCGCAGGAUCACACGUUAGGAAAAGUAA